GGGGGAGCGGCAGGAAGGGGGCGGUGCGCGGCCACCUCCCCCCAGGACUCGCGAAUCCGCAGCCUCCUCCGCAGCAUCUUCCCAGGCCCGGCCCCCUCCUCCCCCCGCGCCGAUGGUACGCGCCGGCCCGCCUGGCCCGGCUGCAGUGGAUGUUGCUAGAACCCACGCGGAGGAAGGAAGAGACGCAAGCAGGCUGCGGCUACCCAAGCGGCCGCCCCGGCCUCAGGGACCCCUUCCCCGAGAGACGGCACCAUGACCCAGGGAAAGGCCCUUUUCUGGAACCACAGAGGCCCUGCCCCAGGGACAGCAACAGAGACAACCAAUGCUCUCUGUGGCUAACAAGGCCCCCGGGACUGAGGGGCAGCAGCAGGCCCAUGGCGAGAAGAAGGAGUCUCCAGCAGUGCCCUCAGCCCCACCCUCCUAUGAGGAGGCCACCUCUGGGGAGGGGAUGAAGGCAGGGGCCUUCCCCCCAGCUCCCACGGCAGUGCCCCUCCACCCAAGCUGGGCCUAUGUGGACCCUAGCAGCAGCUCCAGCUACGACAACGGUUUCCCCACCGGAGACCAUGAGCUCUUCACUACUUUCAGCUGGGACGACCAGAAAGUUCGUCGAGUCUUCAUCAGAAAAGUCUACACCAUCCUGCUGAUCCAGCUGCUGGUGACCUUGGCUGUUGUGGCUCUCUUUACCUUCUGUGACCCUGUCAAGGACUAUGUCCAGGCCAACCCAGGCUGGUACUGGGCAUCCUAUGCUGUGUUCUUUGCAACCUACCUGACCCUGGCUUGCUGUUCUGGACCCAGGAGGCAUUUCCCCUGGAACCUGAUUCUCUUGACCGUCUUUACCCUGUCCAUGGCCUACCUCACUGGGAUGCUGUCCAGCUACUACAACACCACCUCUGUGCUGCUGUGCCUGGGCAUCACGGCCCUCGUCUGCCUCUCAGUCACCGUCUUCAGCUUCCAGACCAAGUUCGACUUCACCUCCUGCCAGGGCGUACUCUUUGUGCUGCUCAUGACUCUUUUCUUCAGCGGACUCAUCCUGGCCAUCCUCCUACCCUUCCAAUAUGUGCCCUGGCUCCACGCAGUAUACGCAUCGCUGGGAGCGGGUGUGUUUACAUUGUUCCUGGCACUGGACACCCAGUUGCUGAUGGGUAACCGACGCCACUCGCUGAGCCCCGAGGAGUAUAUUUUUGGAGCCCUCAACAUUUACCUAGACAUCAUCUAUAUCUUCACCUUCUUCCUGCAGCUUUUUGGCACUAACCGGGAAUGAGGAGCCCUCCCCAUCCCCCCAUCCUCCAGAGAAUGUGCCCCCUCCUGGUUCCCUGUCCCUCCCCUGCGCUCCUGCAAGACCAGAUAUAAAACUAGCUGCCAACCCAGUCUGUGGCCAGGCUGCUGUACCCCAGCCCGGCCCGGCCCAGCCCAGCCCUCUGCUGCUUGUACAUACGCCAUGGGGACCCUAAGGAACUGAGGCCACAUCACCCCCCCUUGACACCCUGUUCCCCACAUUACAUCUUCCAAACCGGGACAGUCAAGGCUGAAGGUUCCUCUGGGUUUGAGGGCCCAAGGUACAAGUGGGAGAGGCAUAGCAGGAUUUCAGAUGCGGGAGAGAGACCCCGGGAGCCCGAUGGAGCCCUGAGCCCCCACAGUUCCUCCCAGGGCCGUACAACCAUGUGACCUUGGGGCACACUGUUCUGUGUCCAGUCUAUGUCCUCCUUUCUCGUCCAGGUCAGGUGUUAACACUUUGUAAGAAGCGGGGGAGGGGGAUGUGGCUGGGCAGGUAGAGUGGGCAGGCAGGAUGGUUGUCCCAGGCUGCCCAUUUUCUCUUGGCUCUGAUUUGGAUCAGGAGGCCAAGGGCAAUGGGAGAGGACUGAAGCCUGUGCUGUCUGUUGCUUGCUAUGAAUGACCCUUCUGGGUCAUGACAGAGCACUGUUGGGGCAGGAGGUGAGGGCUGGGGACCCUGCUCCUCAGUGAUGGCCUGUCCUAGGGCUCCCAGGGAGGCAGGAGCAGGGCAGCCAGUCAGGAGGUCUGAGCUCUGCCAGCCUCGCCAAUCCACCCAGACCAGCACCCACCCAGAAGCAUUUGGGGUUGCAGGACCAAGGCCCACAUCCUCUCACUCUCUUCUCUCCACCCACCAGGCUGUGUGCACAGGCCUGAGGCUGAGCGGGCGUGUUGGGCCCUCCGGCUUGAUGUUCUGGGGGAGGAGGCGAUCCUUCUAGCUGCUAGGCCAGGCCCAUCUGGAAGGAGUCCUGCUCUGCCCCAGCCCUAACCCGAGGCUGUGCCGAGUCCCUUCUGCACCUCUCAGUUCCUACACCCUCCCCGUGGGCUGCUGCUGGCUGGCUCGUCCCCAGCCAGGCCUCCUGAGGCCUUCGUAGUUGGCAGCAUCCACAUCUCUCCUAGCUUCACUGGCCACUCACUCAGCCCAGAGUCCCUAAGUGCCCCCAACGCCACUUAUCUCUGCAUCUCUCCAAUUUGAAAGCCAUCCAGCUGAUGCUAACAGCCAGGGCCAGUCCCUCCAGCUGGUCCCAUGUAAUGAGGCCAGGGCUCCUUAUCAGCUUCCAGGCGGCUGGGAUCUCAGGCAGGGUGUGCGUCAGCCCUCCAACCCCCGGAGGGGCGCCUGCCAGGGAGAGGACCAGGAGGCCACACCUGGGGGAGCGUGCAGCCAGCAGGCGCAGUGGCCAGCUCCAGGCCAGUGGAAAGUUACUGUGAGGAGAUGGGAAGGCUCUGAGCGGAUAGCAGGACCCUCUUUUGGCUUCGCCCUCUGGGGUCCUCUUUCUCUCCGGUGCUGGGAGCUCCAUCUGCCCCGGGAAGGGUAACGAGGUGUACUAACUGUGCCUUCCCAACCCCAUCCCUCCCUGUCCUUCCUACUCGCUUUUAAGAAGCACUGCCGAAGC